AUGGCGGAAGCGGAGCUGCAGAAGCCUCUAGCUUCGCCUCAGAGCGAGGGCCGAAGCGAGGGUGGCGAGGAAGCCCUGGAAGGAGGAGCGGCAGCUGGGGCUGCCGAACCGGCUCCCCCUCCGGCCGGCUCGCCGGGCACCGAGGAGCCGGCUGGCGACACCAGAAAGAAAAUUGAUAUCCUGUUGAAGGCCGUGGGCGACACCCCGAUUAUGAAGACCAAAAAGUGGGCUGUGGAGCGUACCCGGACAAUCCAGGGUCUCGUUGACUUCAUCAAGAAGUUCCUCAAACUGAUGGCCUCCGAGCAGCUGUUCAUAUAUGUAAACCAGUCUUUUGCUCCAUCUCCCGACCAAGAAGUUGGGACCCUCUAUGAGUGUUUUGGAAGUGAUGGCAAACUUGUACUGCAUUACUGCAAAACUCAGGCAUGGGGAUGAGUGACAAAUAAUACAGUUGUUUAGGUGGUGUCUUCACGAAUGGAAAAAGAACUAACUCAACCUGUAAACACAGAAGGAUUUUUCCAUUUCUGCUUAUGUCUGUAUAUUUGUAACAACAAUGCAGACAAAUAGCACAAAAGAAGAGCUACCUGGGCUACCUGAUCAUACGGCUUCUCUCUGAUGUACAUCUGAGGUACAGAAAAAGUAAUAAUCUGCCUUCUAUAGCAUAGAGGCAGCUCUCUUGUUGCUGAGUUCUCUAUUGCUGUAUCUGAAGGGAAACUUUCAUAGUUGUGUGGUGGACUGGGUGGAUAGCUCUGCAACUGUAUGCUGUACUGAAGAUAAAAGUUCCUUUUUAUUAAAAGGAAUGUUUACUGUUUAA